CUUAGUGGUGAGUGCACCCAGGUGAGCGAAGGUGAAGCCCCGAAAGAUCUCGUGUAUCCACCCGGAGUAGUGUGGCUUCACGGGGCGAGUGUUUAGUGUUCUGCAAGUGAUUCGAAACGGUGCACCAGCGCGUCAGCCCGGACUGUGCCCCGGUCGACUACCCUCCGUGUAGUCUUUGGUUUCUUCUCCGCGUCCCGUAACCUGCUGGGAAAGCAUCUGUGAUAUUUCAGUAGAGAAAAUCACACACUAAUUGGCGGCUCGGUUUCCCACCGUGCGGCAAAACGAACGCAACGGCACGACUCCUGCAGAAGAGUCCCGGUGUCAGUGAGUGUAUCGAUUUUGUGGCUGUUCGGUGCUCGAUCAGUUCUUCUCGUCAAGUAUUCAGUGGAAACAAACCGCAAUCCGCGUAAUCGCAUCACAUUUGUCGCCAUUUGCACCAACCGAGCAAUUAUCGCACAUCGCCACAGUGCGCUUCCGAGCGGUGUGUUGGAUAAUCCGCCCACCACAACCACAACAACAUCAACGAACGCAGUCCGUCUGGAUCUUCCCUUGACAAAGCCGGCUUUAAGGCAAAGCUUCUACGAAGGUUCCGCAUCUCGGACAACGCAGCCAACAUAGACAACCCCAGCGAUGAAGGGCUGGUUCGAUGCGUUCCGUGACGACGGGGCGCCAACGCUCUACUCGUUCUCCAACCGAACCCCCGUCACCGGCGAUGUGUCGAUCGUGGCCGUGUGCGUCAUGUUCGCCACCGUCUAUCUGGCGUUUCUGGUUAUCUUUCCCGGCGUGCGAAAGCAGAAAUUUACCACAUUUACUACCGUUACCUUAAGUCUCUUCGUUGGACUAGUCAUAUUAGUAAGCCGUCUCGGUUCCGGUUGGCAUGUGGCCCAAUCGACGAUCGUCGCGCCGUACCGGGCGUUCUCGCGGGAAAAGCUUCCGGCCCGGAUCGGGGCCCACAUUGGGCUGAUGCACAUCAACAUCACGCUGACGGCACUGCCGGUCGGCAACUGGACGCCGCCGGACAUCGACUUCAACGAGCGGUUCAGCUGGAACCAGGCGAACGACAUGGGCAACUCGUACCGGGACGCCCUGCAGCGCGGACUCCCCUAUCCGAUUCUGACGGUGGCCGAAUAUUUUAGCUUGGGUCAGGAAGGGUUUGCCUGGGGUGGCCAAUACCGAGCUGCCGGUUACUACGCUAGCAUCCUCUUGUGGGCGUCGUUUGCCUCGUGGCUCCUGAUGAAUCUGCUCCUAGUGGCGGUGCCUCGCUACGGUGCGUACACCAUGACCCUGACCGGAGCCCUGCUGAUCGGAGCCAGCAUCGGUUACAGCUCGAUGCUACCGAAGCGACCGCUGAUGAUCGUCAUCGAGGGUGCCCAGAUCGAUUUCCAUCUCGGCUGGUGUUUCUAUCUCGUGCUCAUCGCAGGCGUUUUGUGCUUCUCGGUAGGACUGGUCAUUUCCAUCAUUGAUCUUGUCUGGCCGCAUCGGUUUUCGACGAUUCUGGAGGUUUACUAUGACACACCGUACGAUCGGCACGUUAUUCUGGAGGAAUCACAUGACGUCCGCUAUCGCAAGCGCAACAGCAAAGGACUGGAAGAACCGCCCGGCCUUGGAUCGCGCAUUCUUCGACGCCUUUCCUCGAAAGCACGCGACGCCAACACCGAUAAGAUGGGUAUCGAGAACCGUGGCUUCCAACACGAUGUCCCUAAAUCUCCGUGGCGCUAUCCGUUCCGACGCGCCCAGCAGACGCCACCGCAGGGCAUCCAGCGUACGAUCUCGCAGGACUCCACGUCCAGCAUCGCGUCCGCCGCUGCCAUGUCCCAGUCGCUUCACAAAGUGGCUCUCUCACGAAUGCUACCGAAACCACCGCUAGAGCGUACGCGGGAAAUUUCCAACUGGUGAAAACCAUCAACGCGCCAUCAUGCCAGAAUCAGGAACGGACGCAACCGAGGAACGGUGGACGCUCUGGUCCCGUUUUGCGUGAUCAACGUCUUUUGUGAUAUUUAAGAGUUUAGCUACAAAACACCAACAUACUAACUGACCACAGGCCAAGCAUUUUAUCAUAACUUCCUUUAGUAGCAGCGCCCGCAAAGUCAAGUGGGAACGGCGGCGGAUAAGACGUAAGCCGGGCCCAGUGCUAUAAAUUCGAGGGACGACUCAUUUGAAAGACGAUAAUUAAAGAGGUGAAAGCGAAUUUUAAUCUAAGCUUGAGAAACGGGACUAUAGAAGGGAGAGCUUACAAAAAAGCAAGCAAAAAGAAGCCGUAAAACCGUUAGCAUGGUCGAACAUUUGCAGAAGGGCACCGUUUUGACGAAGGCAACCUGCCGAGGGCAUCUCAAUUUUAAGCUUAUUUAUUGUUCCUGUACCAGUGUUAGCAAUGUAGCAGUUUCAUGUAUGCAUAGCAGAGCAGAACGAACGUGCUUACAGCACCGAUAUAAGUUGUAAACGUAUUGUAUUGUAAAAAUCUUUGGGUUUCUAUUGUUUGUCCUAAGGAAGAUUGUACUAUGUUACUUGACAACAAAUCUGCAACAAGAGACAAAUGUAAUAAAAGUUCAGAUUUGACUUGAGAA